GUAGCAUCAUUCGCUCUGCCCGGCCUGGAUUUACCGUGGGUCCGGGUCCGGUUGGCUAUGGUCUUGCUUAACCAUCACGACGUUUGCGGACAGGGUGGGCAGCACUUGUCCUGCCGCUUGGAUUUGGGGAUGGUUACAGCGUGGGCCUUUUGCCUGUACGAGUGCAGUGCGGUACGACCACUCUACCGUGCAUGCAGUGCAGUACUGUGCGAGUGCUGUGGCAUCACCACAUCACAAUGUGUUUGUCGGUUCGUCGGAUCAUGGGGGCGUGACUCGACUUUGACAUUGUUCGUUCCCUCUGCGUCACGGUUACUCGAGCACAAGUAUCGCUGCGUGCAUGCUGAUGUCAACGGAGGAGAGAGCCCAAAGCGGGAUUCGAACCAUCUUCGAUCCCACUCGGCUUGACGGAGGAGGGCCAGCGGAUCCGCUCGUUGCCGGUCCUCGAUUCCUCCUCAACACGGUAGGGACAUACGGUACGAGUACCAUACCCUACGGUGACUGGACUCGCCCACCAGUGACGAGUGCCGCCAUCACAAUAUCGAGAUCGGUACGAGUGCUGUACCGCAUUUUCCUCUCCCAGCCCUCUCCAAUCAGAUCUCGCCUCCUCUCAUAUUUUAUAUUGAAUUUUAAUUAUUAUGCAGCGUUACUUGUACUUUUGUGCAUUUUUUUUCUUCUUCCCCUGAAUUACCGUACCGCGCUCCUUGUCGCCCCUUCCUGGACCAUGUCCUGGGUGGGAGGAGGGUGAGGUCUAAGUGGGACAAUCGGUGUGAUGUUGCUCCCUCUCCUUCUUUUCCCUUCCACCGCAUCGUACUCGGACUUUUCGCGCGAGAGGUGUGUGUGGCUUUUAGCUUUUAUUUGGUCGGCCUCAUAUUUCUCCUGCUGAUAUAAGAUGUCUGUGCGUGGCUGGGGUGUGUGCGAAUACCGGUGUUGAGUGACAUGCUUGCAGCCACCAGAACCUGCCAUGCAAUACUCGUACCGUGAUGUAAGGCAGCCUCGUGUGAUAUACCGCUAUCAUACGAUACGAGGGCGGAGGAGGCGGUGGACUGAUGGCCAGG